GUAGUAUUCGUGCAUGUGGAAACAUUCCCAAGUUGUCGAGGCCACAAGCAACAGCAUUCGAUUAUUGAACUCGUUAUCUUUGGCCCCAGUCGCCUCAGUUCACACUGGGGCAGUGCAUAGAUAACAUCGCGGCUGCAGCACCUGUUGUCGAAGCCAGCGAAAGUAAGCCGAAAAUGCCGAUGGACCUUUACUACCUAGCCCCCAGCCCUCCUUGUCGGAUGGUAUUGUUGCUGGCCAAAAGAAUAGGCAUUGAGUUCAAUCUCAAGACAGUUAACAUCAUCGCUGGCGAACAAUUCAAGCCAGAAUUCAUCAAGUUAAAUCCCGAACACACGAUCCCAACUCUAGAUGACGAUGGGUUCAUCCUGUGGGAAAGUCGCGCCAUUAUGGGCUACCUGGUGAACCAGUACGGAAAUGACGAUUCGCUGUACCCUACGGCUCCCAAGAAGCGCGCUGUGGUGGAUCAGAGGCUCUACUUCGACGCUGGUACCCUUCAAUCGAGGAAUAUAAGUUACAUGGCACCAGUUAUUUUCGCCGGUCAACAACCUGAGCCAGAGAAACUAGAAAAAAUUAACGAAGCUCUCGGGUACAUGAAUCUGUUCCUAGAGGGUCAAAACUGGGUAGCAGGAGACAGCAUGACAAUUGCAGACAUUUGCCUUGUCGUGUCUGUGUCAAACUCAGAGGUGUUUGGAGCAGACAUCACCGCAUUUCCUAAUGUUGUUACCUGGUAUGACAAGAUGAAGACUACACUGGUGGACUACGACGAAAUCAAUCAAACCGGAGCCAAUAUUCUGGGCGAAAUGGUUCGCAGUAAACUGUCUGAAGAUACAAAUAAAAUGACAAUCGAUCUUUACUACCUGCCCGCUAGCUCUCCCUGUCGUUCAGUGUUGCUAACGGCCAACGCAGUGGGUGUGCAGUUGAAUUUGAAGUUCUUGGAUCUGUUCAAAGGGGAGCACUUGACGCCAGAGUUUCUUAAGCUGAACCUCCAGCACACUGUACCAACCCUGAACGACAACGGAUUCCUUCUAAGUGAAAGUCGUGCCAUCAUGUGCUACCUCGUGGAACAAUAUGCCAAAGACGACUCUCUGUAUCCUAAAGAUCCAAAGAAGCGUUCCCUGGUUAACCAAAAGCUCUACUUUGAUUCCUCAACUCUGAACCAGAGAUCCCUGGACUAUUAUGCACCGAUCAUGUUUGGAGGAGCCAAGCCAGAUCCAGAAAAGUAUUCAAAACUUGAAGAGGCUUAUGAGUUUUUCAACAAGUACCUGGAAGGCCAAGCAUGGGCAGCUGGUGAUCAUCUCACCAUUGCAGAUUUCGCACUCGUAGCCACUGUCUCAAGCUCUGAAAUUCUUGGAUUUGAUGUUACAAAGUAUCCAAAUGUCUCCAAGUGGCUCGCAAAGGCAAAGAAGACAAUUCCUAAAUAUGAAGAACUGAACCACGCAGGAUGUUUGGAAUAUAAGAAAUUGUAUGACUCAAGAACUAAAGGGAAGUGA